UUAUUCUGUUUAUUAUGGAUAAUAUUUCCGAACAAUUAAAACUAAUGGCGGAAAAUAAGGUCGAACAAGAAAGACGAGCGAAAUUAAUAACACAACUGUCGGGUAAAAAGUACGAUCUUCAGAAAUCGUUGAAGGAAACCGAAAGUGAGAUUGAUCUAAAACAAUGCGAGUUAGAGAAAGUUAAGAAGGAGGUGAUUACAUUGAGUUGCGAGCUGCCCUUAUGGCAGGAGAAGGAGAAAGUUGCUCGAGAAUGUUUCAGAGAUUUGGUGAGGCAGGUUGUUGAAAUGGAUGACAAGGUGACGUCAGUACAGACCGAUUUAUGGACCAGCAUCAACGAAUGGAUCACGUCCAGCUCCCAGCAGUUAAAGAAGAACGUUCUGGCUGGAAAUUCGACAAAGUCAAACAGUCCCGAGUUAGAGGAGAGAAUAAAACACGAGAGAAUCGAACAAAUCAAAUUAGAGGGCCAACUGGAGGCAGUGAAGGCCUACGAGAAGUUCCUUUACAGAAAAGUUGACGAGAUCCUACGUAUCAAGGAUAUUAUAGACGACGUGGAUAACCGUUGCAGCAUCUGAAUGCAGGAUGUACGUGGGAGAGAUGA